AUGAACCUUUACCAGUCUGUAAACGACGCGCUUCGCAUCGCCCUAGGCACAUCAACCAAGGUCACCUGUUUUGGCGAGGAUGUCGCCUUUGGCGGCGUAUUUCGAUGCACAAUGGGGCUUCAGUCCGAGUAUGGGCCCGAUCGCGUCUUCAACACCCCAAUCACAGAGCAGGGAAUUGUAGGCGCCGCAAUCGGCAUGGCCGCCGAGGGUUAUAAGCCUGUGGUUGAGAUACAAUUCGCAGACUACGUGUUUCCAGCCCUCGAUCAGAUAGUCAAUGAGGCGGCCAAGUUUCGAUACCGAGAAGGACAUACUGGUGGGAAUAUCGGGGGCAUGGUCAUUAGAAUGCCCUGCGGCGGUGUAGGCCAUGGCGCGCUGUACCAUAUUCAAUCACCAGAGUCACUGUUCUGCCAUAUUCCCGGGUUUCGGGUUGUUAUGCCCCGGUCCCCUAGUCAAGCCAAGGGCCUGCUUUUGUCGGCGAUCCUCGAGUCAAAAGAUCCCGUCAUCUUCAUGGAGCCCAAGAUCCUCUACCGAGCGGCGGUAGAAGAGGUGCCCCAAGAGGCCUAUACCUUACCCUUAAGCCAGGCUGAGGUCAUAAGGUCAGGCGCUGACCUGACAGUCAUCUCAUACGGGCGGCCCAUAUAUACCUGCAUGAAGGCAAUAGAGGCUAUCGAAAGUGAUAUUGAGGGUGCCAGCAUCGAGCUAAUCGAUCUGCGUACCAUCUAUCCAUGGGACAGGCAGACUGUUAUUAACAGUGUGUCUAAGACGGGUAGAGCCGUAGUUAUACACGAGAGCAUGGUAAACUACGGUGUAGGCGCAGAAGUCGCAGCGACAAUCCAGGAGAAGAACUUCCUCCAACUCAAGGCGCCGGUGAAGCGGAUUGCAGGCUGGACAACACAUACCGGGCUGGCAUAUGAGAAAUGGAUCAUGCCCGAUACUGUUCGGAUAUAUGAUGCUAUUCGAGAUAGCCUAGAAGAGUAUUGA